AUGACUUUGGACAAAAAGCUCAACCAAGUGCUCUUCAAAUUCGACUCCGGUUCGAAAGGCUCGGCUGAUCUGUUUGAGCCGUCGACAAGCGGUGAAAAAGUUGACGAGCAACCGAUUUUGGGAAAAUCUUUUGCAAAUGGCUAUACUCCUCAGAAAAAGCCAAAGAAAGUUCUUGAUGAAUCGGAUGAUGAAGAGACCGAUUCACCGCCGACAAAAUACCGAAAAACGAACUCUGCCAAGAUGGCGAAAACGUCUCAUUUCGCCGAAAACAGCGACAGUGGUGAUGAUUUCAAAGAAGAACUUCUGGAGAAACAAAGCCGCAAAAUGACGGAGAAAAUUCGUGAGAUUGUCACGCAGAGAAUGAAAUCGAAAAAUGCGAAAAGAAGAGGAAAAUCCUCUGAAAUCGACGACGAGUCCGAGGGAAUGAAAGAGUCUGAGGACGAUUCUGAAAACCCCGGCUUCAACAAAGAAGAUCAAAAGAAAAAGAAGAAAGCGCUCACGAAAACGGAACGACGCUUGCAAAUUAUUCAAAAGAAACGCGAGAAUCUCAUCAGACAAGCUGAGAAGGAAAGGAAUCGCAUUUAUGAGGUUGUCGGACAUGGCCGUGAUCUCUCAUCAAUGGCUUGUGGUGGAUUGCCGAGAAUGGCUCGCUUGCAAUUUACGGAACCGGGCAAAGACGCGUGCAAGGGGAAACAAGACGAAAUCGAUAUGUUGGCAUAUUAUCCGGGAAGGGUCGACUUUGAGCUGGAACUGCACAACGAAAUGGAGGAGAUCAUGAGUCGAACACUUUUCAAGGAUUAUUCCGGAGAGCACGAUUCAGUAUUGGAUAUGGAAAAUGAGAUAAAAAUGAUCCGCGCGCAACGUUUCAACCGGGUUCUUGCCGAGCGUUUAGCGGCAAAUCGAGCCAUUCACAUGCACGGGAAAAAUAAGGAAUAUUUGGAGUUCUUGAAGAGAGUGAAUCAAGGCCGACAAAAGCCUUCCGAAAUUGUGGCUGAGAAAACGGGAGAAGAAGCGAUUCUCUGUGUCAUUCAACAGGUUCUCAAACCUGAAGAAAUCGAAAAUUUGCUGGAGAAACGACAAAAAGUUCAAGAGAUGAUGGCCAAAGUGAAAGCGCUUCAAGAAUUGCAAAAACAAGGUCAUCUCGAAUAUGACAAAGAAGCUAAAGAACAGGUUGAACGAGCUGUUGAGAGCGCGAAACCGAAAGAGAAAAAGCGCAAGUACAAGAAAACGAAAUUCACCACAAUCGCCAACAAAUACAAAGACAAGGUCAAGUGGAAUAAAAUGCGCCAAUUCUACAAAACU